AUGAGCAAAGCGAAGAAAACGAGGAAGAUGGUGAUGAUGAUGAAGAAGAGGAGGAGCCUCACCAUGCUUCUCCCACCGGUGGUGGCAGCUCAUCCCAUUUUGUUGCACCCCCGCUUUAUCAUUAACAAUAUAUGGACGAAUUCCAAUCAAUCCAUACCCGCCUCGACACCUAUCAGCAGGAUAUUACCAGCCAGACCCAGAAUUUUUCCACCUUCACCACCCAGUACGCUCGGGAUCAAGAGCGUCAACGAAAAUAUGAGGAGGACUUCUGGGCUUGGACCCGAAACCCCAGCUACUAUCCUCCUCCUCCACCUCCGUUCUAGAUUUGAGAAAUGGGUGACGUAUAUCUGCUUCUUUUCCAUUCCAGCUUCUUUUUGUUGUCAGGAUUAUUUUUUGGCGGAGAUGGAGGUAGCAGACGUGGUGGUGGUGGAAGAUGUUCUUAAGUGUUCUUGAAUCUAUGAAUAUGUUCUUCGGUGUUUAUCAAACACAAACCCGAAGAGAGAGAGAGAGAGGUGAGUAUUUUUUUUCUUUUUCUUUUUGAUUUCUAUAGUAAAAAAUAUUGAAAAAGGGAAAAUAACAAAAGGACAAAUAUGUCUUUGUAAAAGAAAUUUAAAAUUUUAGACUAAACUCACAACACAAUUAAGAUCCUAAUUGCCUUCCAUGCAGAUAAAAAGCUAUAAAAUUGAUUCUAACCUAUUACAACUACCUACUAAAUGUAGAAUAUGAACUUAGUUGGAUUAUGCAUACUAAAAGAAAUCCUAAUCGGUAUCAUUUAGUCAAUAUUAUCAAUACGAAUUACUAACAUUUUGAAUAAAAAAUACAUGAAUAAAUAUUGUAGUUUAGAGAAAUUUUAGUGUUUCGUUUGCAUCUUUCAUCUUUCUUGGGUACUAUUUUUGUGGUAUUUUCUAGUUGCAGUUUUCGUCAGUGACAGAUAAAAGGACACUAUACUAAGUUUUUAUUUUAUUUUAUUUAAAUUAUGUUGAUUUUGAGGUUUGAAUUUCAAGUUUGGUUUCAAUUUCAUGUUUAAGGUUUGAUUUUGUUUAGUUUCAUUAUAUUUUGUGUCAGUGGUGAGUGUUAGUGGUUGUUGGCGGUGAACAGGGUGUCGUUGAUGGUUGCUUGAACAAAGAAUGACGGAGUUAGUGUAAGCUUUGUGGGUCCAACAAAAAAACACAAAUAAUAUUUAGAAAUGGCAAUACGUUAAUUUAUAUGUAACAUGGAUGAAAACUUGAUGAAAUAAUACUACAUGAACAAUCUAAAAAAUAGAGACAACUGCAUGGAGUGGCUCGGUGCCAUCCCUCGGCAAGAUGACAUGAACUCGGUAGUGUCGAAGAAAUACUGUCACCUGGCCUCAACAUGGUGAACUCAACAAUUCCUUACAUAAGAGAGAGAAAGUCCAAAAUUCAGAUAUGAUGUUAGGUGCUACUUGUGCACCUUUUUGCACACCUUUCAGUCCCAUUUUAUGCAUAUAAUUAGCACAAUUGUUCUUCCUUUUCCUUGCAUUUUACCAUAUUCAUUUUAGUCUCUAGAACAACCUUAUUUGCACACUUUUAUAUCUUUUUCAGGUAAACCGGAGGUUGGAACGCGCUUUGGGAAGUGUCGGGAAGCAUUGGUGGAGAUUUCGGGACGAUCGGGCGAAGAACGAAAAA